UACACAGUUUCCCUUCAAGUGCAACACCAGCUGACAGUGUUCCCAACGCACUUGUACCAGGGCUACAGUUUGGAGUUACAGGAUGUCAAUGAGGAGGCGGCUGGGAUGGAGAAUCUCUCAGAGGAUGGGUUAACUAAAGCCUUAUGUAUGAAGUCGCCCGAAGUGGACCAGAGCCUCUUCACAGACAGCUACUGCAAGGUGUGCAGCGCACAGCUCAUUUCCGAAUCUCAGAGGGUUGCCCAUUAUGAGAGCCGAAAACAUGCAAAUAAAGUCCGCCUGUAUUACAUGUUACACCCAGUGGAUGGAGGUUGCCCAGCUAAGAAGCUCAGAACAGACAACGGAAGUGAGGAGGGCGACGUUGACAAGAACAAGUGUUGCACUCUGUGCAACAUGUCCUUCACCUCGGCCGUAGUAGCACAGUCCCAUUACCAGGGAAAGAUCCACGCCAAGAGACUAAAGCUGCUACUGGGGGAACAGCCUGCCAUCACAGCCAAAGAGGUGCCUCCGAGUCCCGUGAAGGCCCCCUCGGAAGCCUCGCCCAUGGCCUCGCCCCGGCAGCGCCGCGACUCGGACCGCUACUGCCAGCUAUGCAACGCGUGGUUCAACAACCCCGGCAUGGCCCAACAGCACUACGACGGCAAGAAGCACAAGAAGAACGCCGCCCGCGCCGACCUGCUGGAGCAGCUGGGCAAGACUCUGGACAUGGGGGAGAUGAAAGGUCUCAAGCGCAGCUACACCUGUGAUGUCUGCAGCGUAACGCUCAACUCGGUGGCGCAGUACCACGCACACCUGCAGGGCUCCAAGCACCAAAACAACCUAAAGAAUCAGUUGUGUGUCCAGUGAAUCUAGACGAGAACCCACGAUUGGAUUGAUGUCAGACAAGCUGUGGUCGGCUUGCCCUGCUGUUCCUGCCUCUUCCCGUAUCUCCGUUAUUUUCAUCUUUUCACUCUCUCUUUCUCUCGCUGUCUUUCUCUCUCACACACACACACACACACAAACACUCUCUCCCUCACUGCAAACGCACACACACACACACACACACUUUCCAUCAUACAUUUACUCUCUGUCUGUUUAUGCCCAUGCCAGUGUAGAGAAUGGACAGACUCUCAUUUCCAUUUAAUCAGCUCUCUUUGCUCGCUACAGUCCCCUCGACUUCUCAGAUGCAGUCUUCAUUGCGACUCCUAGAUACCCAGCAAUAUGUUCAUUGCCCUGCAGUCUAUAGGCUAAAAUAUGGAAAGGGCAUGCGAGACUACCUAAAUGUCGCUGUAAGGGUGAAAUGAAAAAUGUAACGGUAACUUCAUCAUUUCCCAUACGUCCAUUCUGUCGAUCACAGAUGGUUUUUACAAACAUGUGUAUGUAUCGUCAUGUUCCAACUUUUCAAAUUUCUUUUUUUUUGCUGACUAGCAUAUAGGAGGAACAUCAACACUGCACAUCAUAGCAUACAGAACACCAAGUUACCAUCUUAACCACACAAAGAUACAGUAGCAUUUAAAUCACCACUUCCACCUUCAAGUUCUUUGUCUUCUAUUAGGACAGAAUCGUUUUGAUUUAUGGAGCUAAAUGUCUGCGUAAAGAUGUGCUACAGGGUAUUGCAGAUUGCUCUUUUGAGACAGAUACGAAUUAUUGCACUCAAUGGCGAUAAUUGCUAUUUGGGCAGUAAUAAUUGAUUUCUGAUGGAAUAAUAUUUCAGCUCAGUUCAGCGGCUAGAAGAGUGUGACAAAACUGCAAAUUGCAAGGCACUCCCAAAUGCAAAAUAACAGAGCUGAGAGAUGGGGAGAUGAAAGCAGCUUGACUGUGGGUUGGGUUCUCUUCU